AUGGCCCACCAGGAGAAGCCAGCCGUCGCCGGAGCCGCGGCAGGACCACCGCUGGCGGAGACGGCGGCGGCGGGGAAAGGGGCGGCGGUAGGGGAGUCGAGGGUUAAGAAGGGGUCGUCGGAGGUGGGAAGGAUGAGCCACGGGGGCUCGGGUCGGACGGGGAAUUCGGAGCGUGUGAGCGUGUCCCUCCACGAGCGGCAGACGAGCCUCAUGCGAGUUCGGUCACCGAUGCACAGGUUGCCGAAUAUCCGGCCAAUUACGUCAUCGGGAAGUCCGUCGAAAGAAGAAGAACGAGAAGGGGGGUUGUGGGCCCCACGGGAAAAACCGGGGAUGAAGGACGUGAAACGACGAGAGUACCACUUGAGGAAAGGGAACAACAUUGUGAAUUUUGUAUAUAUGGAGAUACAAAUAUAA